CCCUCUUUGAUGUUAAUAGGCAGAGGAUCCCGCAGCUGUCACCAGUCUGAGGUCCAAGCCAGUCAGACCGGAAACCUUUAACUACACCGGGAAAGGACACGGAGGGAAAGAGCCGGGCAGCAGGAUCGGGAUGACCUUUUUUUUUGUUGUUGUUGUGGCUUCCUCAGUCAAAGCCUAGUGACAAUAAAUGGUCAUUGUAAGCUGUCAAGCCACAAUCUGCACUGAUUCCCAAAGCUGAAGUUAACUACAAAGGAUCAAGAACUUCAAGGACUAUUUAGAAUAUUGUCUUAGAAUCAAGUGCCAAAGAAACAAGGAAUCUUUAUCUCUGAAAUUUCCUUUGUAACUGCUUUACACUAUAUAUAUAUAUGACAAUGCGCAGAUGACUGUAUAUUCUGAUUUCUUUUUUUUUGUUUUUUUUGAUCCAGCUGACUAGCACUGAAAUACUGAUUGUUUGAUCGUGCCAAAUACUAAUACGUGGAUUUAAACUAGUAGAAACUAGUUACAAGUACCUCUGCACUUUACACUCACGCAUUUUAUAUCUUGAGUCAUAAUUAGAUAUAAAGUGCAAAGAUAUAUUGCACCUGGACAACAUACUUCUCUUCCAAAAAGACCAACAUAAGUGCUCAAACAUGGCUACUGCCAACACUAUGGAAAUGGCAGACAUCAUCAUUGUAGCAAUCUACUUCAUCCUGGUGCUCGUGAUUGGAUUCCUUGCCAUGUGGAAAGCCAAUCGGAGCACAGUGAGCGGCUACUUCCUCGCUGGUCGCUCCAUGAAUUGGGCGGCUAUAGGAGCUUCUCUGUUCGUCAGCAACAUAGGAAGUGAGCAUUUCAUUGGACUAGCUGGAUCAGGUGCUGCUAGCGGGCUCAGCGUGGCUGCAUGGGAAUUAAAUGCUUUAUUACUGCUCCAGUUGUUAGGCUGGAUUUUUAUCCCUGUGUAUGUUCAAUCUGGCGUCUACACCAUGCCGGAGUACCUGUCCAAGCGGUACGGCGGGAAGCGACUAAAGGUGUAUUUUGCCGCUUUAUCUCUCGUCCUGUACAUCUUCACCAAGUUGUCUGUGGACCUGUAUGCUGGAGCCCUGUUCAUUCAUGAAUCUUUAGGGUGGAAUCUCUAUCUGUCAAUCAUCCUCCUCAUUGCCAUGACAGCUUUGCUGACGGUUACUGGAGGUCUGGUUGCUGUCAUCUACACAGAUACGGUCCAGGCAUUCCUCAUGAUUGCUGGAGCACUCUGCCUUACAGGCAUCAGCCUCUUCAAAGUGGGAGGACUUGAAGGUGUGAGGACCAAGUACAUGCAGGCUUCUCCAAACAUCACAACCAUCUUGCAGCUUUCACCCAAUCUGACAUAUUCUGAAACAUGUCUCCACCACCCGAAGCCAGAUGCUCUGAAGAUCCUUCGAGGUCCGAGGGAUCCAGAUCUCCCUUGGCCUGGUUUCUUACUGGGCCAGACUCCUGCCUCUAUUUGGUACUGGUGUGCAGAUCAAGUGAUUGUACAGCGGGUUCUGGCAGCAAAGAACAUUGCCCAUGCCAAAGGUUCUACUCUAAUGGCUGGCUUUCUGAAAAUCCUUCCCAUGUUCAUCAUUGUCAUUCCAGGUAUGAUUUCCAGAAUCCUAUUUGCUGAUGAGUUGGCAUGUAUCAGCCCAGAACACUGCAUGGAAGUGUGCGGUUCUGCAGCCGGCUGUAGCAACGUGGCUUACCCACGACUCGUCAUGUCAGUGAUGCCCGUUGGUCUUCGUGGUCUAAUGAUGGCUGUCAUGAUCGCAGCUCUAAUGAGUGACUUGGAUUCUAUCUUCAACUCAGCGAGCACCAUAUUUACAUUGGAUAUUUACAAGAUGCUACGAAAGCAGGUAUCAUCCAGGGAGUUGGUGAUAGUUGGCAGGUUGUUUGUGGUUUUCAUGGUGAUCAUCAGCAUUGCUUGGGUGCCCGUCAUUAUCGAAAUGCAAGGAGGUCAGAUGUUCUAUUACAUUCAAGAAGUAUCAGAUUACCUGACCCCACCGGUAGCAGCCCUCUUCUUGCUUGGAGUCCUGUGGCAUCGCUGCAAUGAGACAGGUGCCUUUUGGGGUGGCAUGGUAGGGUUUGGCCUUGGAGCAUUGCGUCUGAUUUUGGCACUUGUGUACCGCGAGCCUCACUGCAACCAGCCUGAUGAACGGCCAUCUUUCAUCAAAGAUGUUCAUUUCAUGUAUGUGGCAGCUGUCUUGUUUUGGGUGUCAGCUUUGGUGGCUGUAGUUGUGAGUCUCUGCACACCUCCACCCAGAAAAGAACAAAUCAGAACCACUACUCUGUGGGGGUUAAACAAGAGAAAGAGGCUAAAACAGCAAGAAAAAGAGAAAACUGGAAAGGACAUUAAUGUUUUGAAGCCUAUAAACCAUGCAAUCAUAACUGGAAACAGUUUGCUUGUUAAAGAAAAGUGUCAAGACCACCCAAACAACCAUGAUGACAUUGAGUCCAAUCAUGGAAAUGCUAAUCUAAGCAAUGGUCAUGCUAUCACAGCCAGUGACAUAGAUACCCACUGUCCAAUGCAGAAUGGUUGCCACUUAACAAUUUCAGACCCUAAAAUGGUAGAAGAAGGAGAAGAGAGAAGAGUGAGGGAUGGGGAGGAGGAAGAGGGAGGCUGCUUUGGAGGAGGAGUAGAGGGUGGGAGGUGUAUGAAGGCUUUAGAGUGGUUCUGUGGCUUACAGGAGAAGCCUUCCAAAUCUCAGGUCAUUACAGACAAGGAGCAGGAUAAGAUAGUGGAUGAGCUUCUUCACGAACCUCCAAGAACCAGAAUCAUCCUGAACGUAGGCCUGGUGGUGAUUAGCUGUGUCGCGAUCUUUCUCUUCAUCUAUUUUUCCUUAUAGGUUCGUUUCAUUCCAAGCAGUGGGACAUAUUUGUCUAUAACCCACAAGCAGGAAUAGAUGGUAGGUAAAAUAUUCUUCAAUCUACUUUUAACUCUUAAUUUUAAAAGAACAUGGUGUACGGGAAAACUCUUGUUUUCUCUCAUGAGAAUACUUGGUCAAAAUGCAAAUGGUCAUAUUUAAACGGCCACCUUUAUACAUAGUUAUACAUAGUGAAAGGUUUUGUUUGACUGUUUUGUCACUAACCCCCCCACAAAAUUGGAUCUAUAACCUACACUUUACAUUUAGGGGUAGAGGUGUGCUCAGGAUAAGGUUUAGGAACCAUCCUUAAUAACGAGGUUUGUUUUAGUUUUUUGUUUUUUAAGAACAAAUUAGUAUUUGUAUCUGAAAUGUUUUUUCUAUACUGUGUGGUAAUAACUGUGAAGGGGCGUUCAGUAUGCUUCGAGCAAACUAGAUGGUACAAACUGUGGUCUGAACACAUCUGAAGCAGUGUCUUUGAAUGGCCACACCUGAAGGCAGGACUAAAAGCCUGCUAUCAUAAAUAUGGGUGAGGUAUGGUGAAUGGUAUAAAUUCACAUUUGUUUAAUGGCACAUGACUGAAAAAUUUGUGCCACCAGCUGUUUAUUUUGAUACACUUAACUUACAAUAUUUGCACAACUGUAGUGAACAAGAACGUACAUUAAACUGCAUUCUCAGUUCUGUUUUCUGGAAAUUUGGUUCAAAUUUGCUCUACAUUUGAAUGGAAAUCUCGCUACUGACAAUCCGUGCAAAUCAGUUUCAAAGCUGCACGAACUGAGCCAUCCUGUUUCAGACACUGGAAAAUUGUGGGUUUGUGGGUAUUGUUUGAUCAUUCAACAAGUAACCUAACCCCUUUAAGAAACAUUAAUUGUGAAAAUAAUCUUACUACUAUUGUAGAUAGUCUUGAUUAUUUUCAUUGUAUCAGAAAUCAAUUCAUUAAUUACAGUAAGAGAUAAAGUAUGUUCGGAACCCUUUCAAGAAUUUGCAGACCCCUGUGGUUUGGGACCAAAAACUGUCCAAAGACUAUCAGCAGGAUAGUUCUCCCUUGCAAACCGGGUCCUGCUCAAGGUUUCUUCCUGUUAAAAGGGAGUUUUUCCUUGCCACUGUCUGCUUGCUCGGGGGUUCAGACUCUGGGUCUCUGGAAAACAUCUAGAGACAAUUUUAAUUGUAAAGGGUGCUAUUUAAAUAAAUUUAAUUUAAAUUGUAUUGAAUAGUAAUUCAUCACCCUCACCCACAAACUGGAACAACACCCAGAAAUGCAUGAGCACUCCACCAUCCACCAUCUGUUAUGGUUAAACGUGCACUGUUGAUAUGAAUAAUCACAUCAUCAUUUCAAUCAUUUCUUGACUUUAAUUAGAAAAUCCACUUGUCUGAAUUGCAGCUCAAAUACAAGUUACCCACAGGGUUUUGCUAUUCAUCCAGUAUUUUGCAUAUUGACAGCAGGCAACAUGCGAUGAUUUAUGCCAUCUCCAGAAAACUUGUUCAUGCUAUUUAGGAUUUCCAUUCCUCCUUUUUUACAUUUUUUGAAUUUUAUUUUAUUUCCUUGACAACUGCACUAUUGUAAUUUUUAACACUGCAAUUAAACCGAAUGAAGUUUUAAACUCUUUCUGUGCAAGAGAAACUGAUUAAGCCAGGCCAUAUAACUUGAAUGUUAUUUCUCUGUGUUAUUGUGAGGAUUCUCUCAGGAAAGCAGAGGGAUUGGUUCUAAGUUGUCUCUCACAUCUGACCAUUGUUUUAUGCAAUAAAUAUAAGGAUGGAACUACUAAGA